AGCAGAACUAACAGUUGCUUAGAUUUCUAGAAAGUUAUGGCUGUAAAAUAACCAAAUUUCUUUGUUUUCCAUGAACAUUAUUUUACUAAUUGAUCUCAACGGGAGCUUGAAGGUGUUUGCCGAGCUUUAUACAUCAAAGCACGUAUGAAAUUCCACUCGAAUCAUUUAAGCUCGGGAAUGUUGGUUAAUUUAACGGAAUCGCGUUCGUCUUCGUAGUGUUGAUUGGUGGUGUAUUUGUUUGGAUCGCUUCAUUGACCAUUACGUCUGUGUAAUAAAAUAAUGUGUUUCUGUCUUAAAAGACAUGAGUAGUGCUGCAGUUGCGAAUUGCAUGAAAAUGCCGCUGUCGCGAACACACAUACUUUCAGUCACCUCAUCUAAUUCAAACAUUCAGGAUGGUAGCACUUUACCACCUGUGAAAAUAAGUUCACCACCAACCUCGGCCGUCUUACCUGAUCUGUACAUUCAAGACAGCGACAGCUUGCCUCCCGUAAAAAUAAGUCCACCCCCAUCGCUGAUUCAGUACUUACACACACGUAUGGUAAAUAGACUAACACCUUCUGGUAUGCCCUUGCAGCCACAACAAGAGAAACCGAAAACGAUGGUUGCAACACCGGAACAAGUAAUGAAGCUCUACAUGAAUAAGUUAACUCCGUACGAGCACCAGGAAAUUUUCGAUUAUUCUCAAAUAUAUUUCAUCGGAGCAAAUGCUAACAAACGUCCCGGAAUCAUCGGUAACCCCAACAAUUGUGAAUAUGACAACGACCAGGGAUCUUACUUACACAUACCCCACGAUCAUGUCGCAUAUCGUUACGAAGUUCUUAAAGUAAUAGGCAAAGGUUCCUUCGGACAGGUGGUUAAGGCCUACGACCACAAGACGCACACUCACGUGGCUUUAAAAAUGGUACGCAACGAAAAACGUUUUCAUAGACAAGCGCAAGAAGAAAUUCGCAUAUUAGAGCAUCUACGUAAACAAGAUAAGGAUAACACGAUGAAUAUCAUACACAUGCUGGACUCGUUCACGUUUCGCAACCACAUGUGCAUUACUUUCGAACUUUUAUCGAUGAAUCUCUACGAGCUUAUCAAGAAAAACAAAUUUCAGGGUUUCAGUUUGCAGCUUGUCCGAAAAUUUAGCCACUCGCUCCUUCAAUGUUUAGAUGCCUUAAAUCGUAAUAAGAUAAUACAUUGUGACAUGAAGCCCGAAAAUGUUCUUUUAAAGCAACAGGGACGUAGCGGUCUUAAGGUGAUUGACUUCGGAUCUUCGUGUUACGAACACCAACGUGUUUACACAUACAUUCAAUCUCGGUUCUAUCGGGCGCCCGAGGUCAUUUUAGGAGCUAAAUACGGUAUGCCUAUUGAUAUGUGGUCGUUGGGAUGUAUUCUCGCCGAACUACUGACCGGCUUUCCUCUUUUACCGGGCGAGGACGAGGCCGAUCAGUUGGCGUGUAUAAUCGAAUUGCUGGGAAUGCCUCCCCAGAGAUUGUUAGAUCAGUCGAAGCGCGCGAAAAAUUUCAUUAGUUCUAAAGGAUAUCCACGUUAUUGUACAGCCACUACUUUAAGUGACGGAACUGUAGUUCUUAGCGGAGGACUUAGCCGUCGCGGGAAACCUCGCGGGCCUCCCGGAUCGAAGGAGUUAAAACGAGCUCUGAAGGGUUGCGAUGACCCCCUAUUCUUGGAUUUCAUUAAGCGUUGUUUGGAAUGGGACCCGGAAGUAAGGAUGACGCCAUCUAUCGCUUUACGUCACGCAUGGUUACGUAGGCGAUUACCGCGGCCUCCUCACAGUACGGUAGAAAUCAUUAGAAUACCUUCUCAUAAUCGCAGUCCUCCCAAGAGCAAUACUUUAACUAGCAAUAGCAGUACCAAAGUUAGGGUGCAACUGAAUGACGAGCGUUCUGCUACGCUCCAUUCUCAACACAGUACUCAUUCAGGAAAAUUGCCACCUGUUACAUAGCUUCUUCCUGCCCCCGUUCAUUAUGUGAUCUUAGGUUAGUUAGUUAGUUGAUGACUGUGUGAUUCAUGCAUUGAUCACAAAAGAUUUCUUUACGAUCUGCAUAUCAUCCAUACUUGAAUGUUUAUAAAUAUGAUGAGCCAUUACUGAAUAAUCAUUUUUACAAUAGUAUGGUUGUUACAAGGUAUUCGUGGGUACCAAAUUAAUAUGCAGUUUUUCCAUGCAAUUUUUAGUAUAUGGACAAAUUAGUAUGGUAAGUUUCUCUAGUGUUACUUUUCUACAUUGUAUUAAUUAGUUAUCGCGAAUCGGUAAUUAUCACAUUAUUUAUAUUAUUUAUCUUUGCGCUAUAUUAUUCUACACAACGUGAAUUUGACUUUAUCGAAUGAAUGCCGUUUUGUUCUGGUAAUGUUGGUUUAACCCGGCAACAAUUUAGUGACGACUCUUAUUUCACUAUAAUACUCUUAUAUUUAUUUAAGAAUUUAAACGGUCACUGCCAUAGUACGCGUUGCAUAUUUUUACAUCAUUUUUAAAGUAUUUAUGAAAUGUUUUACGCAUUUAAAUGAUCACUAGGUAAUUAUAAUCAAUUCAAGUUUGAUUUGUGCGGUUCAUCGAUGUAUCGGUUAAAAUGCUACGUAUUGUGAUAAGGACUAGUUGAAUAUUAAAUCGGCUUCUUUUUGUUAGUUUAUAUAUUAUUAGAUAAUUUUCGUUGUUAAUGUGAGGACACCGUAACGCCGCCCUUAUUCUGUUUCUCGAUUAAUUUUAUUGUGAUAUCGUCCAAAUUGACAGCUGCCAAUUUUAUUUGACGUAAUUGACAUUAAGCUUGCAGCAUGACUCAGUUUUUCUCGAUACUUAAAUAAUCGCCCUCUAUUAUUAAACGAGUAGUUUAAUAACUGCCAAUUGGCACUUGACAUUAAAAUGUAUUGACCAAAUAAUUAUAAUAAAUGUAUUCUUUAAUCAGGGAUUCGAAUAUACGAUUAAUCCAAAUGUUAGGACCUUGAUCACUAGCUGGCGCCUUUUAAAUCUUACACUUUCAAGUGGUUUAAUUUUGUAACAGUAAAAAUAGUGAUAUGCAAGAAGACAACAAAGGGAAAAUAAUAUUCUAUUAAAUUAAAAGGAAGUAUUUUCCUACUUACAUGUAACUAUAGGCGUAUACAAGGUAAGGCAGUAUUAUUUAUUUCUACAUCACAAUAAAAAAUGCCGAUGUUCGGCUUGCCAUUUACACUCUCAUUGCCAAUAAAUAAAUUUUCACUUUAUUGGUGUGCUUGAAACUCAAAAUUACAUUAUUUUUCUUGCUCGAUUCUUUUUCAUGACGUCCACAUUGGGAUAUAUUAAUUUUGAGAUUUGCUGCUUAAAUGCUCUAUUGGUUAUUUCCGAGGUUAUUUCCUAAUAAUUAAUAAAAAUAUUAAUUACUGUACAAUAAACAAUAGAUCAUGAACACUUUAAAACUCGGUAUUGUAUCAAUUGAAAGUUGGCCACAUUUUUGUUGUGUGCAAGGUAUCAUUCUACCUAACAAUGAACCGACAAUCAGUAUUUUAUAGCGAUACAUUUUUAACAGCGAAAACUAGACAUGCUGCAAGAUUAAUGCAAAUUAUUUUUUACGUAACACUUCUUUUCAAAGUGAUCGUUUUGUGGGUACAUUUGGUCUUGCAUUCACUUUGAGCUCUCUACAGUAUCAUGCCAUAUUUUUUUCGAAUACGUUCAAUUUCAAUUAUUAUUCCCAAACAUCAAAAUCGCAAAAGAGUCGAAUCUGGGGAAUAAUAGGCCUAAUUUUUUGUAUUAUCCGUUGGUAUUAUCUAAAAUCAAUUGAAUCUUAUACUCGAACUUUUCCCAUCUGCUCAAGCCCGCUAGUCUUUAGUUCAAACUAUUUUAUAACUUGCAUUUACCCUUAGUUUUAAUCCUUGUUUCGUAUGAAGACUGAAAAGCGUGACGUGUCACCUCUUCGACUUUCGCAUUUUAGUUGUAGUUCUCACGGUACUAAAUCUAAUCGAGGUGGAAACGAAGGCGACCAUACAAAUCAUUUCACGGUACAAUGGGUAAGGGGUGUUUAGGAUUGAUAGACAAUUUUUUCUCGCAUACUUUAGCGUUAGGAAAGAUCUCAGUGGUACUUAAUAGUGCGACAAUAUGUGAGCGUGAUAACUUUUCAAAAGUAUUGCAUCUUUUGUCCUUAUCUCUUAUAGCUUUCAUUUCGUAUAAUGUAACUAUAGUGGUGUUAUAAAGUCAAAUUCAUCUUAACGAGGAAUGGGAGCUAUUUAGUAUUCGAGUGUAACUAUUUUGUACUUUUGUUAGUGUAGGUGUUUUUUUUAAAUGUCUUAAGUAUCGAAUAGCACCACUGUACAGGGAUAUUUCACAGGCUGCAUGAAACCUUCUUUGAGCGAUCUUUUCAUUUACCCAACAUAUACUCGGUUAGUGUAUGAAAUUGCCACGCCCUCUCAUCAGGUAUUGGGUAAGCAAGAGAAUGGCUCAACAUUCAUUACACUAAUGCAUUUCUGUUUGAAGUCAUAGCUGCCAAUUUGUAACGUAACAUAGCCACUAAGUUCAUUUCCGAUCACAAAACAUACAAAACGUUUAUCAUUUACUUGGGAGCUUUACUUAAACUUCGUGUUUUGUGCAAUAUUGCUUAGGUUAUUGUUUGAAACAUGCUCCUGUUGCUCUUGAAUUGUUUAAACGUAUUGUAAUCUAUGUUUCGGAAAUGAGUGUAUCAGUGUAUGUAGUAACAAAUGUUGUUAAUGUUGCUUUUAAAAUUUGAAUUGAGCCACACAAAUGAAAGUUUGAUGUGGUUGACAGCAUUUGUUUCACUUGCAACUGAAUUUUUACUAGUGCCUAUAGCGAUGAAUUUGUAUUUUAGGUUUCAAUAUUGUUGUACAUAUAUAUUAAGUUAGUAUUAGUCUUGUCACAUGUGGAAUACUAAUAUCUAAAACUUCUAAGGUAAAAUGAGUAAAGGCUACUUAAUUGACGUUGUGGUGAUUUAGUCUAGAAGCAAAUCGAGCGAUGUUGAAUAACUGCUCUGCUAAGUGAUUCUAUAUUAUAAUUUUUUUAGCAUUUUAAGUUUUUUGACUGAAAUGAAAAUCCUAUGUAAAUGAAUGCACAAUAAUAUUAAGUAUUUCGUAAACUUUUCAUGUUUGCAGAUUUUGUACCGAUUUUUACACUUAAAAACGUUUUAUUUCAUUUACUAUACAGUUUCAGUUCGUAAUUACCAACAAUUACAUUAUGAAACGCUUUUUACGAUGUUAUUUAAAUAAGUGAUUUGUUUAUCAUAACGUCUAUGUAAAAAUCAAUUUUUUACAUGCAGUGAAAUUUUCUAUUGCGAUUCAUUGUUUUUCGUUAAAUUUUACAAACAGCAUUAUGUUUUGGCAAUUGAACAACUCAAAUUGCUCCAAAUGCCCUUAGUAAUGUGAUGCAUCUAAUUUAAGGAUUAUGUUUACAUUACAAAUAUAAACAAAUAAACAUAUUAUUUUGCUUUA